AUGGUGGCAACGCAGCAGUCCAUCGAAAUUCUGGGUACCCCAAUAACCACCUAUUCAACCUCCUCGGCAAUCAACCGCUUUGGAACUCUCGCAUACCAUGACCUGACUGUGUAUGGCCAGGACAUGGGGGUAGCGAACAUCUUCCUUGCUCUCUCAUCUGCCGAUCUCCAUUGGGAUGACUUUAUGCGCCAUCUCCCAAAUUAUCACGCUGGGUUCUCAGAAGUUGUGGUCAUCUGUCAACGCAUCCCAUGGGAUGUGCAUUUCCAAACAUCGAUCCUGCGCGCAAUGUAUCUUCAGGAUAUCAAGACCAUCAUAGUCCACACAGACUACUGUGGUUUGUUGUCUGGGACAUGA